GACAUUAUAUAGAAGCUGGGCUGAACUUGCUUGUUGAAAUCCUUCUCUCUCUCGCUCUCGCUGGGAUUGGGUAGAAGAGGGGCUGCUUCAGAAGACCAGAAGCCAUUUCCUCUGUCUCUCUCUCUCUGAAGGGUACUUGUCUAGAUUAUAGAACAGGCAACGAUGAAGUGUCCUUUGAACUAUUUUGGGUUAUGCAGAGAGCUUAUUUGGUGUUGAUAAGCUGUGAUCUACAACGCUUUUUUUCGGUGAUUCGAGAAACGAUGCGAAACGAGCUAUGGUUUGCACCGCUAGUGAUUUACACGGGUGGAAAGAUUUUCCAAAGGGGCUUAGAGUUCUCCUCCUUGAUGGAGACAGCAGUUCUGCUGCUGAGAUAAAAGCAAAGCUGGAGGAAAUGGAGUAUGUUGUUGUGACUUUCUGCAAUGAGAAUGAUGCAUUGUCAGCCAUUUUGAGCAAACCCGAGACAUUUCACGUCGCCAUUGUGGAGGUAGCGACAAGCAGUCACGAUGGGAGUUUUAAGUUUCUUGAAGCUGCUAAGGACUUGCCUACCAUUAUGAUUUCAAGUAUCCAUUGCCUAAGCACGAUGAUGAAGUGCAUAGCGCUUGGUGCAAUCGAAUUCCUUCAGAAACCGCUCUCUGAGGACAAACUGAGGAAUAUAUGGCAGCAUGUUGUUCAUAAGGCAUUCAAUGCAGGCGCGAGCGCCAUCCCAAGUUCUUUAAAGCCUAUCAAAGAAUCUGUUGCCUCCAUGCUCCACCUUGAAUUGGAAAACAGCAAAAACGAUAAUCAAGUCCCAAAAGAGUUAGAAAUCUUCAAUGGGGACGAUAUCGAUGAUCGUGAGCUACUAGAAGGAAGUGAUAAGUAUCCAGCUCCCUCAACUCCUCAGCAAAAGCAUGGAAUGCGACUGGUGGAUGAUGGAGACUGCCAGGAUCAAAUGAACUGCUCGCUCGAGAAAGAGUGCGGGGAGCAAGACGGGGAGUCGUCUAAAUCUGUCGAAACUACUUGUAUCAACACACUUGGUGAAGGUACAUCUCAAGUGGAGAACUCUCAGUUACCUGUUAAUGAAGCAGUUAAAGAGGAAGAGAACUCUGCUGAUGGUUGUCGGGCUGCAAGUAACAUCGAUCACGAAUUACAUGAUCGAGACAGAAUUAGCAGUUCCGAUAAAAACAAGAGCAAGAGCGGUCUUGGUAAUCUGUGCGGGACGAAAGGUAGUAGGAAGAAGCUGAAGGUAGACUGGACGCCCGAAUUACACCGAAAGUUUGUACAGGCAGUGGAACAACUUGGAGUGAAUCAAGCAAUUCCUUCUCGAAUCCUAGAGCUGAUGAAAGUUGAAGGCUUGACAAGGCAUAAUGUAGCAAGCCAUCUUCAGAAGUAUAGGAUGCACAAGAGACAUAUCUUGCCAAAAGAUGAAGAUGGGAGCUGGUCUCAUUCAAAGGAUCCAAUGAGGAAAAACUACUAUCCACAGAGACCUGUGAUGGCCUUCCCCCCUUCCUACCACUCAAAUCAUCCAAUCCCGGUUGCUCCCGUGUACCCGUCGUGGGGUCAUAUGGCUUGCCCCCCUCCAGGCAUCCAGAUGUGGAUCCCACCUGGUUACCCGCCAUGGCAACCGCCAGAAAUUUGGCCGUGGAAGUCGUAUCCUGGGAUGCAUGCUGAUACAUGGGGUUGCCCUGUGACACCAUCUUCUCACAGCCUUCUCUCUUCUCAUCCUCAACAGCAUAUUCCCAGAUUCGAGAAUGCCGAUGCAUUCGAUAAAAGCUACGGCAUUGCAUUGAGUCCUAUCGAUCUUCAACUGGCAGAUGAAGAAAUUGACAAAGUGGUGAAAGAGGCAAUCAGCAAGCCAUGGCUGCCAUUGCCUUUGGGGCUGAAACCACCUUCCACAGAGAGUGUACUGUCUGAGCUCUCCAGACAAGGAAUCUCCACCGUCCCUUCUCACAUCAACGGCUCUAAACCAAUACAAUAACAUCCCAACAAAAACUCAGGUGGGUCCCAUCAUAUUAAAAAAAACAUCAGAAAAUUCUGAUUGGCUGGUGGGCUCUGGCUGAUUUGGACCGUCUGAUUUCCACCAUGUGUAAUAAAGAAAAGACAAGUGGAGCCCAGAAUCAAGAUUGGCACGUGGGGGUGACUCCCUGGUGGGGCUGUGAUCUACUGGUGCUAUCCUUUUUGUAACAGUGAGAUGAUGGACUAAAUGGACGGUGGAGGAAGGGCCACAUGGGUGACUGUGACACCACAAUUUGAGUUGUGGCUGUGAGGAUAGCAGAAAAAGGAGGGGGGAUGGGGUUGGUGAGUGUUGGGAGUAGUGGAGGAUGAAAUAAUUGAAUUCAUUAGAUUUUUUUAGAGAGAGAAAGAAGAGAGAGAGAGAAAAGAUCAGACGGUGGUGAUGUGAGUGAUGGUGAUGGUGAUUUGUGAUGGGGCCAAGAUAGGGUCUUUGUUCAAUAAUGUAAAAUGACUAUGAACUUUUUUUCUAGAAUAAAGUUUUGAUAGAUAGAAAAGUUAGAACUAUCUAUCUUUCUUCAA